AUGGAUCUCUGGCAAGUGCCUCGCAUGAUGAAUCGUAUGAUGAGCGAAUACAUGCACGAUUUUGAUCGCAUGAUGUACCCGUACUGGAGAGAGGCUGAUCAUUCUGUGCUUCAUGUGGCUAAUGAGACCCAACAGCUGGUCGAUGAUGACAAGAAGUUUGCGGUGUCGCUAGAUGUCUCUCAAUUUCGUCCUGAGGAGCUGAAUGUGCACCUUGAUGGCAGAGAACUUACCGUGGAGGGGAAGCAGGAGCACAAGGGCGAUAACAGCUUUAUCCACAGAUCAUUUGUGCGCAAGUGGACGCUACCGGAAAAUGUGAAUUUGGAAGCGGUUCGUACUGAACUCAGCGACAAAGGCCACCUUUGUGUGGAAGCACCAAAGACGGGUGCGGAAAUCUCGAGCAGAAGAAAUAUUCCGAUCAUGGCCGCGCCAUCAAAUAAGUAG